AUGAAAUGUAGGCCUCAAUUCACUCUUUUGGCUGUGCUUGCUGCAAACCAUCUCCAGAAAUCGCAUAAUGCACCUCCUCCUAAACCUCCACCACCUCGUAAGAUGCCGUUUUCACGCAGCCUCUUCCGUCGCCGACUUGUCGCCGGGUGUAGCAAUAUGGAUUCCACCUCAGCCUCAGGAACUAGUUACGGUAGCGGCGGCAACCAAAUAGGAUCGGUUACUUCAAGUAACUUGCGCCUAAGACAAGCUUCUUUUGGGGACUCACCAUCCACUGGUGUCGCCGGCUCGCUGGCGACACAGGCUUCAGACGUGACCGGCUCUGUGAGUGUCAAUAUAGCACAACCUCAAGGAACCGUACCCCUUAGUACUUAUGGUACACCAGUCUCACACAAUUCGGUAGCACUGGCGACAGGGGGCAACCGAAUGCCCUUAGUUGGACCAUCAGAAUUCUCUUGCAUCAGUCAAUCAGCCGUGAUCGCCAGGCACCCUCACUUUCAAAAUCUCCAGGCUGCAACGGCUGCUAAUAUGGCAAAUGGC